AUGAUGCCAUUUAAAGCUGGACCUUUGUUGCAGUCCUUGAUGCUUCCUCACGAGGUCUUCUCCAAGCUAUAUCACCAGUAUCCUGAGUACUGGAGGUCCUGCUUCUUACCUGGUGGAGACAAGGAGCUAGCUGCUUUCUGGAAGGGCUUUGCAGGCCACCCAAGCAUGGCUGAUGGCAUUUUUCAAAGCAGACCGAGCUAUCGCACAACCCUGAUACCACUUGGUAUCCAUGGUGAUGGAGUACCGACAACAGGACUAGGCAAAGUCUGGUGCAAGCUCAUGCAGGUCUACAGCUGGCAUGGGCUUCUUUGCCAAGGUGGAGCCAAAGCAACUCUUUUCUUGAUGUGGGCCUCUUUCGAGCAGCUCUUUCUUGCAGGCAAUGAGGGCACACUGCAGUGCUUCUUCUCCAUAAUGAAGUGGAGCUUCCAGGCCCUCCUGGCAGGUACUUGGCCUGACAAAGACUUUCGAGGCAAUGCCUACCCGCCGAACUCUGUUUUGGGCAAGAAAGCUGGGACAAGACUGGCUGGCAAAUAUGCUGGUGCUCUGGUAGCCAUACAGGGCGACAUGGAGUUUUUUGCAAGCUCUUUGGGUCUCCCAAGGUGGAGCAGCAACCACAACUGCUGCAUCCUUUGCAAAUGCACAGGCCUUGCUGAUGAGAAUUCCUGGCGAAAUUUCUCUGAGACAGCUGGCUGGAGAACCACUUGCUGGACACCUGCAGCCUGGAAAGCCUGGGAACACAGAUCUCUUUGCCCCUUGUUCGAGAUCGAAGGUGUCUCCGCUUGCAAUGUGGCUCUCGACCUCAUGCACUGCAAGUAUUUGGGAAGUGACAUGUAUGCCAUGGGAGGAAUAUGGUAUUACAUGUGCUUCUACCUGCUGCCACAGUCCCCUGCACAGAACCUGGCAAGGUUGUGGUCAGAGCUGCAGCUGCUGUACAAGGAGCUCAAUGUGGAACAUCGAUACCAGUAUUUCAACCGGUUGCAGAUGUUCUGCAGGAGGAGUGGACCUCCCAAGCUCAGGGGCAGAGCUGCAGAGGUGAGAGGCAUGAUUUUGCCUCUCAUGCACUUGUGGCAGAGGUACCACAAUCCUGCCUUAUUGCUGCAUCGCCAGAUUCUGGUCAUGCUGAAGAAGAAUGUGGAGUUCGAGUCCAUCCUGGCGGACUACAAAGGCUCCACUUUCUUUCCAGCAGAUGCAGCACAGAGGUUCAAGCAGGCGGCCUUUGCCAUGGCACACUUGAACAGCUUGGUUGCCAGCCACUUUCACCAGGAGGAAGACUGUCGUUGGUUGUGCCACACAACAGCAAAGCUGCACAUGGUGCUCCACAUUGCUUCUUUGGCAGAGACAAUUUCGCCAAGGCUUCUGUGGUGCUUUUCUGGAGAGGACUUCAUGAAGACAGCUCGUGCUCUGGCUAAGAACUCGGUCACUGGAACAAAGCCGAGUAUGGCCUGCAACAAGAUGCUGGAACACUGGAGGAUCGGGAUGCACCUUCACCUGGAAGCCUUGAAGUGA